AGCUGGGAUGUAAUUUGAGAGUUGAGAGGGGGUAGGCUAUCAUUAGUCAAAACCAAGCGCGGUGCUUGAGGAAUCCAGAUGUUGAACUUAAAAUUGAGGCACAAAGCUACGUCAGGCACUUUCACAUUUCUCUCAGUUGGAUGCGUUUGGUAGGCUACUCCUGCGUGAAAUCUUUGUGGUUUCUAUGUGUAAAGCUAACGGAAAGUAUUUCAAACUUUCACGUGACUGUCUGUGGCUGAACCAACAGCUACUUUCCUUUAAUAGUUGACAACACUUGCUGCAUAGGCUACACGAGGGGUGACCUGAAAGAAGGCUUACAAAUAUCACACAGCCUGCUGGACACCUAGCUACUUUCGGUAUUUUAGCUCGUGGAUACCACAUGCAUUGCAAGUUUGGAAAUGUUUGUGAUUGGUGAGCGAAUUAAAUAAUAUUUUUUGCGCUCUAAAGGAAAGUCUAUUCUAUUGCUCACCCAUUGCAAAGAAGUGGAUAGGAUGGCUUUUCUCCACUUACUCGCUAUUGGGAUGUUUUCAUUGCCGCUCUGCGGUGCGUUUUUUAAUGGACCUCUGUAUCCCGAGAUGUCUAACGGCACCUUCCAUCACUACUUUGUGCCAGACGGCGCCUAUGAGAAUAACGAUGAUCCGGAAAAAUGUCAAAUGCUUUUUAAAAUGACAGACGACCGAAAAUGCAGUCUUGACGAGGACCAAGAUUCGGUAAUCCGAGAUGAUUUCACGAUCAUCAAGAGACUCAUCGAAGACUCGGCCAGAGUGCUAGAGGGGAUCGGGAAAAGCAUUUCUUUUGAUUUGGACGGAGAGGACAGCUAUGGAAAAUAUUUGAGAAGGGAGACGACUCAGAUUGGCGAGGCUUUUACAAACUCUGAAAAGUCUCUGUUAGAACUGGAGGUGAAAUUCAAACAGAGUCAGGAGAACGAGUUGAAAGAGGAGCACCGCAUAAACGACGACUUUCUGAACAUGGUUGUCCACACAAGGGACGUGCUAAAGGAUACACUGUACAUAUCUGUGGGGUUGAAGGAUAAACACGAGCUUCUCUCUCUCAUAAUUCGAAGUCACGGGACCAGAUUGAGCCGAUUGAAAAAUGAAUACAUGAAGGUUAAACUUGGGUAAAUAGUUUAAGCCUAGUUAUAAAAGUAGGCUAUGAGGUAAAUAAUAUAGGCGAAAUCUUAUCGUAUUUCAUUGCAUAUUUAUAUUAACGGAGAGAUAAAACAUGCAGAGACAGAAAUUAUACCAGUAUUUUAUUUAUUCUAAAAAUACUAUAGGCUGUGGGGUUUCGCAUGUCAGGGGUGAAAUGUAAUUAAUUGACAAUGUUGUCGUUUUUUUUUUUUGGG